AGCAAUGGUCAUGUCAUAUGGCCCACCGAUAUAUGGCUAUUAGGGGGCCUGAAGAACAAAACCCCAACUGUCAGAUGUCUUGUCUCAAAUCUUUUUUUUGAGCGUUUUCUGAGGGCUGCCAGGAGCCAUUCACAGAAGUAACCUCCCUGGCCGCGGCGCCAGUCAUUCAUAAGAUGCCCACCCACACAACGCCUGACAAUUUGACCGAGUAUUUUUUGAGUAGUAGGGGAAAAUCCACAGGGAUAAUGUGGAAACUCUGAUGAUGGUAGAAGUGAUGCGGCCCCAGGGACACAGGUCCAAAUCAAUGCCCUGUAGUGCCAGCCUAGACUACUAAAUAAUAUAAAGGAUGUAUGAAUGGCACAUGGCAGUGAAAGACAACAGAUAAUGGUCAAAAACAGCAUCUCAAAAUGAGAUCAUCAGCAGACACCAAGCUCACUGCUUGAGGAUCUUGACUGGAUCCCAGGAGGACUACCAUGUCCACCUCAGUGAACUUCCUUAACCUUUGGGCCUUCCCAACCCCAUCUGGACAGGAGCAGUCAUUCACCUCCAAACCUCAACCUCAGCCUCACCGGCAGGAUUCCCCAACUCCAAAUCAAGAUGGCACCCCAGGUCUGCAUUAUCCUGCGUGUUCAUCUGUGGGGCACCUGGGUGCUGUCCAGUCAGAGCAACACAUCUCAGACACACACACAGCUCACACGUGACCACCAGCUCCCACACAUUUGACUAGCCAUAUCCUGGGGCCACUAAACAAAUGCAGCUAAGUACACAUGACAGGUGCACCUGGGGGGUGUGGUGUAUGCACCCAGGCCACACCUCUUUCCAGUCCCACUGGACACACUCUCUUUUGACUCUCCAAAGGUGUCUAUGAAGGGCUGACAGCGGCACGGUGCUCUGGACAGCUGGGAUGCCAGGCUGCUUGUUUAUUGCGCUGCUGAUUUGUCUCCUGGACAUCAUGUCCAUGCAGAAUGACUCCUGCAUCAACGGGAACCUCUCUGCCCAGCUGUUCAGUGAGCCAGGGGAUUACAUACUGGGGGGGCUCUUCCCCAUCUACAGCAGCAUUAUCGACAUGAGCACUAGUGUGAAGCCUGGUCAGUUUAAAUGUCAGAGUCUUAACUGGUACGGCUUCAUCCGUGCCCUGGUGAUGAAGUUUGCUGUGGAAGAGGUGAAUGACAUGAAGGACCUGUUGCCCGGCAUCCGGCUGGGCUUUGAGAUCUUUGACACCUGCAUGGAGUCUGUGGUCAUCAUGCAGCCCUCCAUGCUAUUUCUGAGUGAGCAAUGGACACAGGCCAUUCGGGUCCAGUGCAACUACACCUCAUACCAGACCCGUGCCAUCGCCAUCGUGGGCCCCUCUAACUCUGAGAUGAUGGCCAUCACAGGCAAACUCUUCAGCUUCUUCCUAAUCCCACAGGUCAGCUACGGGGCAACAUGUGACAUUUUCAGCAACAAGAACCUAUACCCAUCAUUUCUCAGGACAGUGCCAAGCGAUAAGCUGCAGGCGAUGGGCAUGGUGAAAGUGGUAUCUCAUUUCAAGUGGAACUGGAUUGCAGUACUUGGCAGUGAAGACGAGUAUGGAAAACAGGGCCUGCGUGAGUUCUCCAAUGCUGCUUCUCAAGCGUCCAUAUGCAUUGCCUACGAAGGUCUGAUCCCCGUCUACACUGACCCUCAGUCGGCCAUUAAUGAAAUCCUUGAUAGGAUUAAGCAGAUGGAAGUUGAAGUGGUUGUUCUGUUCUCCACUGCCAGAACUGCCCAAGCCUUCUUUACACAGGUUAUUAGAAGAGGGAUGAAGAAGGUGUGGGUAGCUAGCAGUGGCUGGAGUAUCUACCAGGAUGUCUCCCUUCUGCCCAACAUCCAAACUGUUGGCACAGUGCUUGGCUUCAUUUACAAGGGCGUGCAGCUUGGCAGAUUUGAGCUAUAUGUCCAGAAGCUCUACAAGCAGUUGAAGAUGGAGCAGAAGAGCAGCUGGUCCAAUGAUAGCAGCCUUCUAGCCGAGUACUUUGGGGUCAGUGGACAAGUCUGCCCUGAAUGCGUCUGCUCCUUCAACCUGAGCGUGCUGAGUCAGCCUCUUGUAAAGCUCACUGCCUUCACCGUCUAUGCAGCUGUCUUAAGUGUUGCACACGCACUGCACCGUUUACUGGACUGCAGUGCCACACGUUGUAAAGGUGUAGAGCAACAGUUUUACUCUUGGCAGCUUCUAAAGCAACUGCAGAACACCUCCUUCCAACUUAAUGGAACUCUGUUCCAGUUCGAUGCCAACGGCAACCCGAACAUUGGCUAUGAGGUCAUAACAUGGGUCUGGGGUGAAACCCCAAUCUUCACAAAAAUUGGAGAGUUCAAUGGUAACCUGUCCAUUCAAUCAGAGUCCAUCCAAUGGCAUACGACUAACAAGAAGGUCCCAGAGUCUCAGUGUUCCAAGGACUGCCAGAGUGGCCAGGUGCGCAGGGUCAAGGGUUUCCAUUCCUGCUGCUUUGAUUGUAUUGAUUGUGCAGCUGGCACCUUUCAGAACCAGAGUGAUGACUUCCAGUGCACGGCCUGCCCACAAGGACAGUGGUCUCUGAUGAGCAGCACUAACUGCUCAUACCCGGUGUACACCCAUCUGGACUGGAGUGACUGUGCAUCUGUGGUCUUACUGUUGUUAACCAGCGCUCUCCUAGUUGGUACAACAAUUGUGACACUGUUAUUUAUCAAGUACUGGCGAACAGCCCUGGUACAGGCGUCAGGUGGGCCUCUUAAUAUACUUAUGCUACUUGGACUGAAAGCCAGUUUCUGUAGCCUGGCACUUUUCCUUGGGAAGCCAAAUGACCUUGUGUGUCGCCUGCAGCAACCACUGACCUCCUUUAUCAGCACUGUGAUGAUGUCUUCCUUAUUAGCUUCCUCUUUACAAGUUACCUGUGUAACAGAGUUCCCGGGGAUAGCUGCCUCCUACUAUAGUCUUGUACGUGGAGUGGCAAGCUGGCUGGUUGUGGCACUGGCUCUCAUUGUCCAGGCUGGCAUUUGUUCCUGGCACAUCCUCAACAGCCCCCUUCUUUCUGUCUGGAUAACAAACAAGUAUGUCCACUUUCUGACUGCCUUUUUGAGAUGCCAAGUGGAUCCUAUGACCACUUUCUGCCUGAUGCUGGGCUUCAAUGGCCUGCUUUCACUGCUGUCCUUUAUGGGCACCUUCAUGACACAAAAGCCAACAAAGCAGUACAACAUGUCCCGUGAUAUCACUUUUGCAGCACUGGCUUAUUGCAUUACCUGGGUUAUCUUCAUCCCUGUCUAUACUGCACUUUCUGAGAUGACAAAGUCUCUGGCUCAGAUGGUGGCCAUCAUUUUGAGUAACACUUGUAUCAUUGCGUCCUACUUCGUUCCCAAAUGCCACCUGUUGCUGUCCAGACCGGACCUCAACACCUCCGAGUACUUCCAUAUCUAUAUUGAGGGUGUCACUCCCAAAAGCACUGAGGAUGAAAGCAAGUAGUUGGA